AUGGAGCAAGCGGUGCAACAGUUGCAGCAGCAGCUGCAGGAGCUGAGCGGUCAGUUCCAGCAGCACCGGCAAGACUCGCAGGCGCGAGAGCGGGCGCUCGAGAAUCAGUUGAUUCAGGUGCAGCAGCAGUCGCUCGGCCAGUUGGCGGCUCAACAGGCAGAGCUUCUCCAGAAACUGAAGAACAGGGACAGAGUCCAGCUUGUGGACACCAAGGGCAUAGGACGGCCUGUUGGCUUCGAUGGAACGGAGGAGAAGUUUUUACCCUGGAAGGUGAAAAUCGACGAGGCCGAUAUCACCGUGGCUUUCGGGGACCGAAACGAUCCCGAGUUCGUUCCGGACUUGCGGAACAAGGAGCAUCAAGUGUACAUGGUUCUCCAGCAGCUUUGCGAAAAGGAGCCGUUCGACAUAGUGAGCAAUUGUGGUCGGGGCAACGGGCUCGAAGCGUGGAGGCGCCUGAACAGGCGCUACGACCCCUCCACCGGCGGCAGGAAGAAAACUCUGCUGAAACACAUCCUCAAUCCGUCCAGGGUGACGUUGGAUGAGCUAUCCGGGGCACUUGAGAAGUGGAGCGACAGCGUCCGCAUGUACGAGCGACGAAAAGAUAAGAACGGCGACCGGAGCGCCAGUCCAGAUGACAUCAAAAUUUCCGCUUUGGAAGCUUUGGGGAUCGGCACCUACCUCGAGGCCCGCACAGGAACGAAACUGAAGGUAGUCGAGCACAGCGGCAACAGGAAUCCUGACGACAUGGAUGUCGGAAGUUUCGCCAGGGGCAAGCCGAAAGGGGGGCCGAAAGGGCCCAAAGGCAGCGGCAAGGGCAAGGGCGACCGGAUGCCCGCAGCCGACCAGAGCUACCUCUCCCUGAGCCCGCUGGAAGAGUGCCGCGCUGGCGGCCCCGAGGAACCCGCACCAGGUGUUUCGCCUGGCGUGGGUCGGCAGGCAGAGGGGCAGAAGCUAGGCAGCGGUGCUGGCGCAGGGGUGCAGAGAAGCAUCUCGGCGGCGAGCUCAAUCCGGAUGCGUCGCGACAUGGAGUUCACUAUCCAGGGGAUGUAUUCGGACAGGAUCCGCUCGAUCAGCGCGGCUAUAGAGAUGGUCGAGGACGAGGGCGAGGUCCAGGAGCUCCUGAGGCAGAAGGCCGAGGUCGAGGAGAAACGCGACUCGGUGAAGGCCACGGCGAUAGCGGACAACCAGCAACGGUACCGCAAGACUAGCGAGAAUGGCAUGCCUCACCACAAGGCGUGGUGCCACGAGAAGAAGCGCAGGCGCGCUGCCGAGGACAGGAAGAAGGGCGUGCCAGAGCGCGCGGCCGAGAGGAAGAAGCCUGAGGACGACUGGCACGCGAAGUUCGACUCCACCGCGGUCAAGGAGGAGGAGUACCAGACGACUGAUCAGGUGCUCGACGGGAUGGACGGCGAGGUGAUCGCCCCGGGCAUCCAAGGGAAGAUGCGCGUGUACGGCGGCAACCUCACGGCGGCGAGCGCUGCCGAAAAAAAGGUGGACGAGUCGGAUGCGGUGCUGAAGAAGGAGGACGUCAAGCUCUACAGGCCGCUCUCCCGGGAGGAACUUCAGUCCUUCCGACAGGGGGACCCGAACGAGGCCGAGAAGAUCCUCUACGAGAAGGCCCAGAAGAAGGUGGAAAGGCAGCGCGACGGCGCCGCGCAGCCCUCCGCUUUUCGGAGGACUGGACCACAGGCUCGGGAGACGCACAACCAGAAGCAGCUCGCGAAGCGAACUGCUGCCAAGCCCUGCUACACGAAGAUGUUCAGUGGCGCGUGCAAUCGGGAGAACUGCCCGUUUUCUCAUGACUUGUGCUACAAAGGCGAAGUGUUUUGCGAGCAUUUCGAGAAGGGGAGCUGCAAGUGGGGAGACCGCUGCAGGCUGACCCACGACGACAACCGCAGGCCGCCGCAAAAGACCAAAGACUUGCUGGAGUACCUUGGUGAGACCAACCAGGAGCAGAGUCUGUGUCACCUGAGCCCUGGUGCCACAAAGAAGCACGAGUGGAAAGGAGAGGCUCUGUACUGCAAUGGGGUGAAGAUGGAGCGUCACGAGAUGAAUUUCGACACCGGGGCGGCCAUCACGGCUUUCCCGAAAGAUUUCGCGAAGGAACCGGAAAACGCUGUCCCUACUAUCAUGUUGGACUACAUGUUCAUGGGGCAGACUGAUGAGGGCACAAUGCCAACGUUGGCAAUCAAGGACAAGAAAACAAAACGUCCUUGGGGCACGGUGAUCGAAAGGAAGGGCGACGACCCUUUCGCGAUCAAGUUCCUGGCGGACGCGAUCCGCGAGACUGGUUACAAACGCGUCGUCCUGAAGUCGGAUGAUGAAGUGGCCAUACUUGCCCUAAAGACCAAAGCCGGGGAGCAACUGACGGACGUAGAAGUCGUCAUGCAGGAGGCUCCCACAGGUGAUGACGGGAAGACCCCCUACGAGCGGGCCACCGGCAAGAGGUGGCGACGUCCCCAAGUACUGUUUGGGGAGCGUCUGUUUUUCAGACCGGUGAAGACCAGUAGUCGCAAGCACGAGUUCGAGUCGAAGGUCGCUGUCGGUAGCUACGUUGGCACGCACGGCAGAAAUUCCGAUGUUAUGGUCAUGAUCGAAGAAGGAAUCGUGAAGGGGACAAGUAUCCACAGGAAGCCGGAACCUGACCGGCGGGACAACACAGUGUUGUCGAAACUGAAAGGGCUGCCGUGGAACGUGCGGCCAAAGGAGCGCGAGGUCAUGGCAGCGCCCAUGCCCAUCGAGGUGCCAGCCGUUGCGGCACCCGCCUCCGCAGCUCCACCGGCCCCUGUGGCACCCAAAGACGUGGCCAAAGCAUUGUACGUUAAGCGUGCAGAUAUCGACAAGUUCGGCAUGUGGCCGGGCUGCAAGGGGUGCACGUCCCUGGCGACAGGCAUGCACCAGCAGGCGCCAGAAGCGCCAAUGGCCGUAGACGCGGCCAACGCAGCGGGCGAGGCAGCGGCUCCAGGCCGGAACGAGUCUUAUUGUGACGUGGAGAUGGGGCAGGUUCUUGACGUAGGUGGCAUCUGCAGCCUGGAAGAAGCGGUGGCCGAGGCGUGCCAAAUAGCGAGUUUGAGUGUCAGCAAGACUGAUGUCUCGAACAUGUGUAGUGUCCUGAGUAGUUUGGGGCAUGGUAGCUUUGAUGCUGCUGGCAUCGUAGAUCCUCCUUCCGUGAUUGUGAACGGGAACGACGUUCAGUCAGGCAUUUUCGGCCUGAGGCCAGGUUUCGCGCUGGACACUGCCGUGUGCGACGUUCUCCAGAAGGAGAGCCAAAGCAAAGUGUGGGAUUUAUCCGACCAAGGGCAUGUGAUUGAGCUUCAGGCGGCGGCGAAGGAAAAGGAUCUAAACGUCUUGGUGUUGAGACCUCCACUGGAAGCGUUCACCGGAGUAGUGAGCGGCUCUGACGCUCCUGGCGUGGAGCGGGCACAGCGUGCCAUGAAGGUGGCAGUUGACUUGUGUCUUGAAAGGCGUGGCCAGGGAAGGCACUACCUGCUGGAGAGACCAACCGGCAUGCCCGGCUGGGCAGAGCAGGAGUUCCAAAGACUGGGCGGUAUCCAAUGUGAAGGGCCGAAGUGCCGUUGGCGCAUUCGGGGUCGAACCGAAGGUUCUUACAUGCGAAAGAAUACUGCUUGGGUUACUGAGUGUGGCCACCUGGCCGAGAGCAUCCGGGAAGAGUCUCGGAGGAGGCUGGGUGUAACCUGGCAGAGGCGCGUAGACGAGGUCGACGGUAGGCUGGUUGAGACUGGCCGGAAACCUUGGGCGAUCCAGGUCGCCAUCCUCAGCGCUACGUUACGUGCUGCCGAGGAGAAGGGUGAAGUAUGUUCUUUUGGGCAGGCUUCGGGCGCCGGGCCCGUGCCGGAAGAAGGCAUAGAGAUAGACGAGGAUCCAAGAUUUUACCUCGAUGACGUCACCGGGGCAGAGCUGAAGCCCGAGAAGGUGAAGGAGGCCAGGGAGACCGAAGUGGACUGGAUCCGUAAGCAAAAGGUCUACGUGAAGGUCCCCAUCCACCAGUGUUGGGACCGAACGGGCAAAGGCCCGAUCACCCUGAAGUGGGUGGACACGAACAAAGGGGACGACGUCCACGAAAUGUACCGCUUGUAG